GGCGAGUCGCCGCCCAACACACCUCGUAAAUUGAUUGUGCGCUCGACUCUAUCGAAGCGACGACAACUACGACAACCGGGAACGACUAUCUCUGCGGGUCAUUCCUUCGACUUUCUUUCCUUGCCCGCUCCUCAGAGAAACGCCGUCACAAUGCCUUCGGAACAAGGUCACCGCCGUGAGUCGCCCUUCUACGUCAAGGGACGUCACCUUAGCUACCAGCGUAGCAAGCACAACACCAACCCCAACACCAGUCUGGUCAAGAUUGAGGGUGUUGAUGACUCCAAGGCUGCUUCCUUCUACCUCGGAAAGAAGGUCGCUUUCGUCUACCGGGCCAAGCGUGAGGUCCGUGGCUCCAACAUCCGGGUGAUCUGGGGCAAGGUCACCCGCCCUCACGGCAACUCCGGUGUUGUUCGCGCCAAGUUCCGCACCAACCUCCCCCCCAAGACCUUCGGUGCCACCGUCCGCGUCAUGCUCUACCCCUCCAACAUCUAAAUGGCGCUUUGUAUCUAGUGGGCGAUGAUUCCCCUUCUUCGCGCAGACGGUCGGCCAGGCAAGGAAAAGUCGA